UUUUCAUUCCGCAAAAUGGCGAACCUAGCUGCUGCCGUCGUUGCUGCCGCAGGCAGAGAUCCAGCGGUUGAUCGCUCUCUGCGCUCAGUAUUUGUGGGAAACAUCCCAUAUGAAGCUACAGAGGAGCAGCUGAAGGAUAUUUUCUCCGAAGUUGGGCUUGUGGUCAGCUUCAGGUUAGUGUAUGACAGGGAAACAGGAAAGCCAAAGGGAUAUGGCUUCUGUGAGUAUCAAGACCAGGAGACGGCCCUCAGUGCCAUGCGGAACUUGAACGGAAGAGAAUUCAGCGGCAGAGCUCUCCGUGUUGACAAUGCAGCCAGCGAGAAGAACAAAGAGGAGCUCAAGAGUUUGGGAACAGGAGCCCCCAUCAUUGAGUCUCCCUAUGGGGACAACAUCCAACCUGAUGAGGCUCCAGAGUCCAUCAGCAGAGCUGUGGCCAGUCUGCCUCCAGAGCAGAUGUUUGAGCUCAUGAAACAGAUGAAGCUGUGUGUGCAAAACAGUCCGCAGGAGGCCAGGAACAUGCUGCUGCAGAACCCUCAGCUGGCCUUCGCCCUGCUGCAAGCCCAGGUGGUCAUGAGGAUCGUCGACCCAGAGAUUGCCCUGAAAAUGCUCCACCGUCAAACCCCCGUCCAGCCUCUGAUCACCAGCAGUAGCCAGGGUGGAGGUGGGCCUCCGCCGAACCAGCCACCUCCCCAGCCCAACGCUCCCAUCUCCCAAUCACAGCCUAUGCCGGGCAUGCAUAUGAACGGAGCCCCCCAGAUGAUGCAGGGACCUCCUAUGGGUGGCGUUCCUGGACCCAUGCCUGGACCGGGCCCUGUGGGACCUGCAGGUGGGAUACAGCCACCGAUGGGGAUUCCUCAAGGUGGCCCAGUUCCUAUGGAUAGGGGACAAGCAGGGCCAGGCGGCAUCCCCCCCAGGGGCCUGCUGGGGGACGGCCCCAACGAUCCCAGAGGAGGGACCCUGCUGACGGUCACAGGAGACGUGGUGGAGCCCAGUCGUGGGUUCAUCAGUGCACCCCCACCCCACCAGGGCCCACCCAUGCACAUGGGCCAAAUGGGAGGUGGGCCCCCCCAAGACAUGAGAGGACCGCCCCACGACAUGAGAGGACCCCCCAUGGGUGAACCCCGCGGCAUGAUGGGAGACCCCCGAGGGCCCAUGAUGGAGCCCAGGGGACCCCCCAUGGAGACCAGAGGUCGCGACCCCAGAGCCGUAGACACUCGUGGGCCUCCUGUGUCAGGACAAAGGGUUCCCAUGCCAACUGGAAUGCCGGGUCCUGUCUCCCACUCAAUGGGUCCUAACGCCCCUCCUUCUGCCAGACCGGGUCCUGGCGUCUCUGGUGUUCCCCAGGCUGGAGGAGGCUUCAGCCCUGGCCAGAGCCAGGUCACAUCGCAGGACCACGAGAAGGCUGCCCUGAUCAUGCAGGUUCUGCAGCUGACCCCAGAACAGAUUGCCAUGCUGCCCCCGGAGCAAAGGCAGAGCAUUCUCAUCCUCAAAGAGCAGAUCCAGAAGACGGCUGGGGCGCCUUGAGGCUCCUCCCCCAAUGCCCACACACACGAACACAGUUCAAGGUUGGAUGACGUUCCCUUCUUUCGCAUGGCUCACCUUUCCAUGACUGGCUGCUCGUUUUGAGAUGUCCACAUACUUUGUAUUGUUGUCACACAGCUUUCAGUGGACUCGCAGACAGACAUCUUUCCUGCGUCCUCUCAGAUUUCUUUUGUUUCCAGGAGUGGCAUGCUCAGACCUCUCAGACCUGUUUCUGACAGAAACAGAGCCGUUUCCUCCCCCUCAGAGAGCUCCAAAGACAUCUCCACAGCUUAGUUUGGAAUAUUUUGUAGACUGUUUUGUAUUACCAUUUUUUAUGUGGAAGGUUGACCCCAGUGUUUUUGAAUUGAGCGUUUAUGUGACUCCCUUUCAUAAGGGGCCAAUUUGUGGAAAUUCAAGAGAGUGGUUUCAUACUGCAUUUCCCUUACUUUCUUUUGUCAGCACUGGAAUCAGUUUCAUGUCUGGAUGUUUUUUUGUCAAUAAAAGAGACAGAUUCAUUUUACCCACACAGUU